CACUAAGCAGGGACUUUUAGAGAUAUCAGGGCGUGUGCAGUUUGGACAGUAACCCAAGCCAGAACAAACAGCCCAAAUAUAUCCACACAGUCACUGUGCGGUUGGGGAUUGAGUGGAUAUCUGGGGCUAGAGUAAAAGGCCAAAGAAUAACAGAAGGAAAGAAAGUUUUGGAUAUUUGUUUUAUCUUUGUCUGGGAUGAACUUCACUUUGGGCUUCAAACCAGCGAUGGGAGAUUCAAGUUCAGUGGAGAACUUGGAGAAACAGCUCAUUUGCCCCAUCUGUUUGGAGAUAUUCACCAAGCCUGUGGUCAUCUUACCCUGCCAGCAUAAUCUCUGCAGGAAGUGUGCCAACGAUGUUUACCAGGCCUCCAACCCUCUUUGGCAAAACCGGGGUCCUGUGUCUACAGGGGGACGUUUCCGCUGCCCAUCUUGUCGUCACGAGGUGGUAUUGGACCGGCACGGUGUUUAUGGCCUUCAGAGGAACCUUCUAGUGGAGAAUAUAAUUGAUAUCUACAAAUCAGAGUCUACCAGGCCACUCCUGCCCAAAGCAGAGCAACAGCAGCUGAUGUGUGACCAGCAUGAGGAGGAGAAGAUCAACAUCUACUGCCUCACCUGUGAGACACCAACAUGCUCCAUGUGCAAAGUGUUCGGGGCUCACAAGGACUGUGAUGUGGCCCCGCUGCCAGACAUCUACAAGAGACAGAAGACAGAGCUAAGUGAUGCCAUAGCCAUCUUGGUGGCCGGAAAUGACAGAACACAGGCCCUGAUCUCACAGAUGGAGGAUAUUUGUAGGACAGUCAAGGAAAAUGGUCACCGGCAGAUGCAGUAUAUCUCUGAUAAGUUUGAUGAACUUUACGCCAUCCUAGAAGACCGCAAGAGGGAUCUGAUAGAGACUGUCGGCCGUGAGCAGGACCUGAAACAGGGCCAUGUGCGCUCCCUUAUCCGUCGCCAUGGAGAUCACUUGGAGAUGUCCGUCAAACUGGUAGAGACAGCCAUCCAGUCCAUGGAAGAACCUCAAAUGGCUGUGUUCCUGCAGAGCGCAAAAGAAGUGUUCAAGAAGAUCACAGACACUGCCAAGGCUUCCAACAUUGAGCGGACGGAGGCGGGCUACGAGAGCAUGGCCCACUUCAUCAUCAACACGGAGGAUGUGGCCGACAUGCUGAGAGGCAUCAACUUCCAAACAGGUGAAGAUGGAGAAGACAGCGGUGAUGAAGCCCCUGAAGACCCGACCACCUCACCGGGUCAGACUGGUGAAUCAUUGAGACGCAUAUAACUUAUUUUUAAACCCAAGGGUAUUUCUUGUGAUGACUGUAAGGAGGUUUUCUUUAAUCAUUUCAACAUGGCAAGAGCUUCUUUCAUCUGGUAUUUUGUGGUCCUGAAACUCUGAGCUAUAGUUCAGUAAGAGGAAUUACACAUUUCUUAAUAGCUUCAACAUCCUGGAUGUUUAAAACUGUUUAUGUUGCUAUUUUUGGUCUUUUUUAAUUUUAAAAUGAGCUGAGCAUUUGUGGUUU